AUGAGCGAAGAGAGUCUAUCCGAAGUGGGCGUCUCCCAAAAAGAUCAAUACGAAGUUACAGACUAUACCUCGAAACAUGCCAGCCUAGCCCCUCACUUCUUGGGGCUGAAUACCGUGGAAAAGGCCGAAGACUCGCCUCUGAAAGAGUUCGUCAAGUGCCACGGCGGCCACACCGUCAUCUCUAAAGUGCUUAUCGCCAACAAUGGUAUUGCAGCUGUCAAAGAGAUCAGAUCUGUACGCAAGUGGGCCUACGAGACUUUCGGCAACGAGCGUGCCGUCCAAUUCGUGGCCAUGGCCACUCCCGAGGACUUGGAAGCCAACGCCGAAUACCUGCGUAUGGCUGACCAGUACGUCGAAGUCCCCGGUGGCACCAACAACAACAACUAUGCUAACGUCGACCUCAUUGUCGAAAUCGCCGAGAGAGCCGACGUCGACGCCGUCUGGGCUGGGUGGGGUCACGCAUCCGAGAACCCCCUUCUUCCCGAGAGGCUAGCCAAAUCUCCACGUAAAGUCAUUUUCAUCGGCCCUCCAGGCAACGCCAUGAGAUCCCUGGGUGACAAAAUCUCCUCUACUAUCGUCGCCCAACAUGCCUCCGUUCCAUGUAUCCCAUGGUCCGGUACUGGUGUCGAUCAAGUCCACUUAGAUAAAGAGAACGGUCUGGUAUCUGUCACCGAUGAUGUCUACCAAAAAGGUUGCUGCGACUCCCCCGAGGACGGUCUGGCUAAAGCCAAGCAGAUCGGCUUUCCAGUCAUGGUAAAGGCCUCCGAAGGUGGUGGUGGUAAGGGUAUCAGAAAGGUCGAGAGAGAAGAAGACUUUAUUCCACUCUACAAGCAGGCUGCCAAUGAGAUUCCGGGCUCUCCAAUUUUCAUCAUGAAGUUGGCUGGUAAGGCUCGCCACUUGGAAGUACAACUGCUGGCCGAUCAGUAUGGUACAAACAUCUCGCUGUUUGGUCGUGACUGUUCCGUUCAGAGACGUCACCAAAAAAUCAUAGAAGAAGCGCCCGUCACUAUCGCGAAGCCUGACACGUUCUCUGAAAUGGAGAGAUCGGCUGUCAGACUGGGUAAAUUGGUUGGUUACGUUUCCGCUGGUACUGUGGAAUAUUUAUACUCUCAUGAUGAUGACAAGUUUUACUUCUUGGAGCUGAACCCUAGACUACAGGUUGAGCAUCCUACUACUGAGAUGGUGACCGGGGUUAACCUGCCCGCGGCCCAGCUUCAAAUUGCGAUGGGUAUCCCAAUGCACAGAGUUAAAGACAUUAGACUACUUUAUGGGGUGGACCCUCACACUGCUACUGAAAUUGACUUUGAUUUCAGUUCUAAAGAUUCCAAGCAAAUCCAGAGAAAGCCAACUCCAAAGGGCCACUGUACCGCCUGUCGUAUUACUUCAGAGGACCCUAAUGAGGGUUUCAAACCCUCAGGUGGUUCGUUGCACGAGCUAAACUUCCGGUCUUCUUCUAAUGUCUGGGGUUAUUUCUCCGUGUCAAGCAGUGGUGGUAUCCACUCCUUCUCGGACUCUCAAUUCGGACACAUCUUCGCAUUUGGAGAGAACAGACAGGCAUCCCGUAAGCAUAUGGUUGUUGCCCUGAAAGAGCUAUCUAUCAGAGGUGAUUUCAGAACUACUGUUGAAUACCUCAUCAAGCUUUUGGAAACCGAAGACUUUGAGGGCAACUCCAUUACAACCGGGUGGUUGGAUGACUUGAUCUCUCAAAAGAUGACCGCCGAGAAACCAGAUCCCACUUUGGCAGUCAUUUGCGGUGCUGCCACUAAGGUUUUUAUCGCUUCUGAAAAUGGCCGUAAAGAGUUCAUUACCAGCUUGCAAAAGGGUCAAGUUCCUAACAAGUCUCUCCUGCAAACAAUGUACCCUGUCGAAUUCAUUCAUGAUGGAAAGCGCUACAAGUUCACUGUGGCAAAAUCCGCUGACGACCGUUACACUUUGUUCAUCAACGGUUCUAAGUGUGAGGUUGGUGUCCGCAAGCUUUCUGAUGGCGGUUUGUUGAUCGCCGUUGGCGGUAGAUCCCACACCAUCUACUGGAAGGAGGAAGUCUCAGCCACCAGACUAUCUGUCGACUCUAUGACGACCCUUCUAGAAGUUGAAAACGAUCCUACCCAGCUCCGUACCCCUUCUCCAGGUAAGCUCGUUAAGUUCUUGGUUGAAAACGGCGAUCACGUCAAUGCUGGCCAGCCAUAUGCUGAGGUUGAAGUUAUGAAGAUGCAAAUGCCUCUUGUUUCCCAAGAAAGCGGUAUCGUUCAGCUGUUGAAACAACCAGGUUCCACUGUGUCAGCUGGUGACAUCUUGGCCAUCUUGGCCUUAGACGAUCCUACCAAGGUCAAGCACGCCAUGCCAUUCGAGGGUAUGCUGCCAGACAUGGGUGCCCCAAUCGUUGAAGGUACUAAGCCAGCAUACAAGUUUAGAUCCUUGGUUUCAACUCUUGAGAAUAUCCUGAAUGGUUAUGACAAUCAAGUUAUCAUGAAUGCUUCCCUGCAACAGCUGAUUGAGGUUUUGAGAAACCCUCAACUGCCUUACUCGGAAUGGAAAAUGCAAUCUUCUGCUUUGCACUCAAGGUUGCCUAUCAAGCUUGACGAACAGCUUGAACAGUUGGUCAACCGCUCUUUGAGCAGAAACGCGCACUUCCCUGCCAGACAACUCGGCAAGAUGCUUGAAGCUGCGCAAAAAGAGUCAGAUGAUCCACUAUUUGGUACUGUGAUUGAACCUUUGCUCGACAUAAGCACUCGUUAUGCCGAUGGUCUGGAGGCUCAUGAACAUUCUGUAUUCGCCAAGUUCUUGCAGAACUAUUACCAAGUCGAGAAGCUCUUCAGUGGCACCAACGUUCGUGAAGAAGAUGUUAUCUUGAAACUGCGUGACGAAAACGCUGAAAAUCUGGACCGCGUUGCCCUGACUGUCUUGUCUCACUCUCGCGUUUCAGCCAAGAACAACUUGAUUUUGGCUAUUCUGAAGCAUUACCAGCCACUCUGCAAAAUGUCUUCUGAGGUCUCUUCUCGCAUCUCGGAACCUUUGAAGCAAAUUGUCGAGUUAGAGUCCAAGGCUACUGCCAAGGUUGCAUUACAGGCCAGAGAAAUCUUGAUUCAGGCUGCCUUGCCAUCUGUGAGAGAAAGAACUGACCAGAUCGAGCAUAUUUUGAGAAGCUCUGUUGUCCAAACCGCAUACGGCGCCUUUGACAACAAGCGCACUGACCCUGACUUGGAAAUCUUAAAGGAUUUGAUCGAUUCCAACUACGUCGUGUUCGAUGUCCUGACCCAGUUCCUCACACAUCGCGAUCCUUCUGUUGCUGCCGCAGCUGCUGAAGUUUACAUUCGUCGUGCUUACAGAGCUUACACGAUUGGAGACCUGAAGCACUACAAUCAUGCAAACAACGCUGUUGUGGAGUGGAAGUUCCAGCUUCCUUCUGCUGCUUUUGCCUCCGUUCCUCAGAUGAAGAGCAAACUUGGUAUGCACAGAGCCAUCUCGGUGUCUGAUCUUACCUACGUCUCUGAGGGUGACAACCAACCCCUAAGAACUGGUAUUUUGAUUGCGUCUACCCAUUUGGACGAUGUUGACGAGGGGCUUUCAAAGGGUCUACAGCUUGUCCCCCAUCACACUUCCUCCAGCGGACCCGUUCCGGACAGAUCUGGUAGCAACGCUACCCUAAGUAACGUUGCCAACGUCUCGGUUUCUUCGACUGACGGUUUCGAAUCGGAAGAAGAAGUCUUGAGGAGAUUGAGAGAGAUUUUGGACAUGAACAAGCAACAGCUUGUGGAGGCCUCUAUUCGUCGUAUCACUUUCAUUUUUGGUUACGAAGACGGAACAUAUCCAAAGUACUUCACUUUCAGAGGACCAAGCUACGCCGAAGAUGAAACCAUUCGUCACAUUGAGCCAGCACUUGCCUUCCAACUUGAACUCGGAAGAAUGUCGAAUUUCAACAUCAAGCAACUGUUCACUGAAAACAGAAACAUUCAUGUGUAUGAAGCCACCGGUAAGAACUCUGCUGUGGACAAGAGGUUUUUCACAAGGGGUAUCAUCAGAACCGGCCGUAUCAGCGAUGAUAUUACUAUCCAGGAAUACCUGACCUCUGAGGCCAACCGCCUGAUGAGUAACAUUCUUGACAACCUGGAGGUUAUUGAUACUUCUAACUCAGAUUUGAACCACAUCUUCAUCCACUUCUCUGCUGUCUUCGAUGUUUCUCCAGAGGACGUCGAAGCUGCCUUUGGCGGAUUCUUGGAGAGAUUCGGUAAAAGACUACUCAGACUGCGUGUUGCUGCCGCUGAAAUUCGUAUUAUCAUCAAGGACCCUCAAACUGGCGCCCCAGUUCCUUUGAGAGCUUUGAUCAACAACGUUUCAGGUUACGUGGUGAAGACCGAGCUUUACACCGAGGUCAAGAACGCCCAAGGUGAAUGGGUCUUCAAGUCUCUAGACAAGCCAGGCUCCAUGCACUUGAGACCUAUUGCUACCCCAUACCCUGCGAAGGAGUCUUUGCAACCAAAGCGUUACAAGGCUCAUUUGAUGGGUACCACGUACGUUUACGAUUUCCCAGAGCUUUUCCGUCAAGCAACUGUUUCUCAGUGGAAAAAGAUUUCGCCAAAGACAAAACUUUCCGACGAGUUCUUCAUUGCCAAUGAACUGAUUGAAGAAGAGGAUGGUGAACUCACGGAAAUUGACCGUGAGGCUGGUGCUAACACUAUUGGUAUGGUUGCUUUCAAGGUCACUGUCAAGACGCCUGAAUACCCUCGCGGCCGUCAAUUUGUUAUUGUUGCCAACGAUAUCACCUUUAAGAUCGGAUCUUUCGGUCCUCAGGAAGAUGCAUUCUUCAACAAAGUUACCGAAUACGCCAGAAAGCGUGGUAUUCCAAGAAUCUACCUAUCGGCUAACUCCGGUGCCAGAAUUGGUGUUGCUGAGGAACUGAUUCCUCUGUUUAACGUUUCAUGGAACGACCCUGAGAACCCAGCCAAGGGCUUCCAAUACCUAUACUUGUCUUCUGAAGGCAUGGCUGAGCUGAAGAAGCAAGCCAAGGACGCUUCUGUUGUCACAGAGCGUGUGGUCGAAGAUGGUGAGGAACGCUUCGUUAUCAAGUCCAUUAUUGGUGCUGAUGAUGGUCUAGGUGUUGAGUGUUUGAAGGGUUCCGGUUUGAUCGCUGGUGCAACUUCCAGGGCUUACAAAGACAUCUUCACGAUUACUCUCGUUACAUGCAGAUCUGUCGGUAUUGGUGCUUACCUGGUGAGAUUGGGACAAAGAGCCAUUCAAAUUGAGGGUCAGCCUAUCAUUUUGACUGGUGCCCCUGCUAUCAACAAGCUUCUCGGUCGCGAAGUUUACUCUUCUAACUUGCAGCUUGGUGGUACUCAAAUCAUGUACAACAAUGGUGUUUCUCACUUGACUGCAGAGGAUGACCUUGCUGGUGUCCAAAAGAUCAUGGAAUGGUUGUCUUACGUUCCAGCAAGACGUGACUUGCCUGUUCCUAUCCUCGAGACAGAAGACAAAUGGGACAGAGAAGUGGACUUCACACCAUCGACUAGUGAGCCAUAUGACGUUAGAUGGAUGAUCGAGGGUCGCAACACUCCCGAGGGCUUCGAAUACGGUCUGUUUGACAAGGGCUCUUUCCAAGAAACUCUAUCUGGCUGGGCUAAGGGAGUUGUCGUCGGAAGAGCUCGUUUGGGAGGUAUUCCUCUUGGUGUUAUCGGCGUUGAAACAAGAAUGGUAGAAAACAUGAUUCCAGCCGACCCAGCUAACCCCGUCUCUACCGAAUCUUUGAUUCAAGAGGCUGGUCAGGUUUGGUAUCCAAACUCUGCUUUCAAGACUGCUCAAGCCAUUAACGACUUCAAUUAUGGUGAGCAGCUGCCAUUGAUGAUCAUGGCUAACUGGAGAGGUUUCUCGGGUGGUCAACGUGACAUGUACAAUGAAGUUUUGAAGUACGGAUCUUUCAUUGUUGACGCAUUAGUUGGAUACAAGCAACCUAUUUUCACCUACAUUCCACCCACCGGCGAACUGAGAGGUGGCUCUUGGGUUGUUGUUGAUCCUACGAUCAAUGCCGAACAAAUGGAAAUGUAUGCUGAUGUCAACUCUAGAGCUGGUGUCUUAGAACCAGAAGGAAUGGUUGGAAUCAAGUACCGUAGAGAGAAGCUGCUUGCCACUAUGGCGAGACUGGAUGAAACUUACAAGAAUCUGAAAACCCAGAUGUCUGACCCAGGUCUCUCUGUCGAGAAGCAUCAAGAGAUCGCCACGAAGCUUGCUGCCCGUGAAAAAAUGUUGAUGCCUAUUUACCACCAGAUCACCGUUCAGUUUGCUGACUUGCAUGACAGAUCGGGCCGUAUGGUUGCUAAGGGUGUCAUCAGCAAGGAACUAGAUUGGCCAGAGGCUCGUCGCUUCUUCUUCUGGAGACUAAGGAGAAGACUCAACGAGGAGUACUUGAUGAAGAGAUUGAACACAGAGCUUCCAAACGCUCCAAGACUUGAGAAGAUUGCCAGACUAAGCUCAUGGUACCCUGCCUCAGUUGACAGAGAGGAUGACAGAAUUGUGGCCAAUUGGAUUGAAGAGAACUACAGUGUUCUGGAAGAACAUCUAAAGGCAUUGAAGGUUGAGUCAUUUGCUCAAAAUCUCGCAAAGUCCAUCAGAAGCGACCAUGAAAACGCGAUCAGUGGCUUGAGCGAGGUCUUGAAAUUGCUGUCUGCCGAAGACAAAGCAAAGAUUCUCAACAGUCUUAAAUAA